UUGAUAAAUUAAUGUGUGGGCGAAGUACAACCUUACUAUAUACAUUUUAGAAAAAGUUCUAGCUACAGAUACGUGACUAUCUGUUAAGAGACGUCGUUUCUGACCGGCUAAUUUCCAUUUAUUUCAGCUUAACCAUGUCCGAGCAGUGGAAUAGUCAAUGUGUAGAUCAUGUGCAGCGACACAAUAGCCUAAAAAAUCUCUACAUAGCGGAUGAUAAGGGAACUCCUUACGGCUCAUCUAGUCCCGACUUUCAACUAACUCCUGAGUUGGUGCUUCAGCUCAAAUCACUGCUCAGUGAUGACAAGGACACCUCUUUUACAUUCAAAAAUGAGAAAUACUUCAUCAUCAUUCGCGAACCUACUUAUUUUAUCAGUCGAUGUAGCGGGAAAUCACUUCUGUUCCAUACAACACAAAAACUCAGUUGGCCAGCGGUUCUGUCUUUUGAUGUUCAUUCAGUUGCGGUUUGAGGACUCAAAUAGUCAAAGUGGAUAAAACCAACAGGAAUUGGUUCCGUGAUUAUUGUCUAUUCAGCCCUCUCUCUUCAGUGUUCAUUCGAUCUGCGUUCGUUCUCAAUCAAAAUCAAAGUUGUUACAGGUUUGUAAAUUGGCUGUAUCCUGCACCUAUUUUGUGAGGGAUAUUACAGUAAAUUUUUUGUUUAGUCUUACUAAACAACUCAAGUAUUGCACAUCAGAAGUACCGUCCUACUCUGACUUCAUGCUGCAUACUUCUCGAAUGCAUUUAUACGGUGAUUACUAAUGCAUUGUUCUAAACAUUUUAUUUUCAGUUUGCUUGGUUGGACAGACUGUCGACGAUAAAGUAAAUUAUUGCAAUGCAGGGAAUGUUGCUAUGGGCCUUAUUUGCGAUUAUUACAAGACAAAUCACUUUUAAUUAACUUCACAUACGAUAUGAUGCAUCGUGUUAAUGAUGUAUUUGAUUGAUACACUAAUAAAUAAUGACCAUGUAUUACCCUUUGCUUCUUUCCCGUUCUGGACUUAUUUCUCGUUUGUAGGGUUUUAUCUAAUUCGAUUUAAAGUUGAACAUAGCAUUGAUAUUUAUGUAUUUGCUUAGAUUGCUAUUUUUCAUGUUAAGAUAAAUAUUGUUCAGUGGAUUAUUAUGACUUAUGUGCCACUUUCCUUUCUCAUAUUCAAUCGAGUAUUGUACGUCUGUAAAAAUCUUUGAUACCUAAACAUUUUGAAAAUCCUUAUGCAUUGUUGUUAUUAGCUUGCAUGUAUUCGUAAAUUAGUUUUACAUAUUUUUUGAAAUUUCGAAUUAAAGGAUGAUCACUACUUUGCCUGAGCUAGGGGUAUUAAGCUUUAUCAAUAUUGAAUCUAUGCCUUUGCUACAAAA